ACGCGUGUAGUAUCCUCGGCCGCCUUGAGGUGUAACGGGGUGACAACUGUUUGGUUUUGGCCCUCUGACGUCACAUCCAUUCCCACAAUGCCAUAGUAACACGACUGCGCACUCGCGCUCGUGGACGCGCACCAGCAGAGACAGCCCAUCACACACAGAGAGCGAACAUGGCGGGCGCCUCCGACCCUCUGGAAGACAUGCUCUUCUCCGAGGUGGACGAGAAAGCUGUGAGCGAUCUGGUGGGCUCGCUGGAGUCUCAGCUGGUGGGCCAGAGCGAGCCGCCCGCCGCGCGCAAUAGCAGCGCGAAGCAGCAGCAGCAGCAGCAGCAGCAGACAGGAGGAACAGCGCAGCUGCCUGCUCCUGUAGACUCUCCAUCAGAACCACAACAACAAGCGCAGCAGCAGCAGCAGCAGCAGAACGCGCGGAAAGCGGCGCGCAACCCGGAUUCUGACAUGAAAGACGCCAGCAUGGACAAGCACGCCAAAGCUCUGGAGAAGGAGAGCCCUCUGAAGUCGCAUGGCAGCAUCAUCAUCAUCACUACAGCAGCGGCAGCAGCAGCAUCCGACGCUCCUGCACCGGGCAACAAAGGUGAGAGCCCGAGGGACACCCGCAAGAAACACCUGGGGAAGUCGCGCACGCUGCGCUCCGCAGCAUCCCACAGUCUCAACGGCAACGGAGGCGACGCAGCAUCAGCAUCAGCACCCAGCACCUCCAGCACGACUUUCACCGUGUCCAGUAACCCGCAGGCGAUCUCGCUGGACCGCGGGACGCCCACCAUCGCGCUGCACAGACUCCCGCGUCACAUCAUCGCCAGCAUCGCGCAGAAUGGUAACGGCACGUCGGUGUCCGCGUUGGUCCAGCAGGGCGCGCGGAUCAACCACAGCAAAACACCCGCCGACAACAACGCGAAGCCAGCGGCGACCUCGGCCACUGCAGCGCCUGUCAAACCCACGGUCAGCGCGGCUGCGGGCAUCAGACCUGCGCAGACCCAGCCGCAGCCGCCUGCGCAGCAGAGGGUCGUAACGCCGCAGCUGAUUGUCAGACCACCGCAACAGCAAACUACUAUACAGCUGCCGCCCGGAUUCACCAUCCCACCAGGUAUGGUGCUGGUCCGGACAGAGAUGGGUCAGCUGGUGAUGGUUCCUCAGCAGGCUCUGGCUCAAGCUCAGGCCCAGAACAGCAUCUCGCCGCGGCCCUCCACACCCACCAGCGUGGCCACGUUCAGGGUCACGACCCCACAGUCUCCUGUUAGCACUCAGGCGAUUCGUCCCGCUCCUGCGGCUCAAACUAAACUGGUCCAGUUUAGUUCACCGAGCGCUUCGGCCCAGACCAGCACCGCAGCCGGCCCCGCUAAGGCCCCCAUGGCAGCCGCCGUGGCAGUGACAGCUCCCCAGCAGGUCCAGCCAGCCUUGGGCCCCCAGGGGCCCCUCACUCAGAUGCCACUGGCCCCGCAGAGCGCAGCCGCCCCAGCCCCCGGAGCUUCGCUUGUCUCCCAGGAGAUGCAGGAGAACGUGAAGAAGUGCAAGAACUUCUUGGCGACGUUGAUCAAGUUGGCGUCCCAUAAUUCCCCUUCCCCAGAGACGUCUCGAAACGUGAAAGCGCUGGUGCAGGAUUUACUGGAUGCGAAGAUCGAUCCGGAGGAGUUCACCAGCCGCCUACAGUCCGAGCUGAAGUCGUCUCCGCAGCCGUACCUGGUCCCUUUCCUGAAGAAAAGUCUCCCUGCGUUGCGUGUGUCUCUCCUGAACAGCCAGCAGUCUCUCACGCAGCCUCUGCAGCCCAACAAAACCAGCGUGACGCCGGUCCAGACGGGUGUCAGUGUGCGUCCGCACCAGCCCAACAGCACCACCGCACUGCCACAAGGUAUCAAGAGGGCAGUGGGUCCUGGAGGUCAGAUACGGAUGCCUGUGGUCGUAACACAGACGGUGCGAGCGACAGCUCCUGCCGCGGUGUCAGGACUCAUAGACACCCUGGCCAGUCUGGGAGAGGCUCUGGCAGGGGGCGGUGGGUCUGUACGCACACACACGGGCGCGAGAUGCCAGGGGGUCAAUGUCAGAAACAGAGGUACAGACGCGGACGUAAAUGAAAGCGGAGCGGAGUGA